UUGUGCGUCUCUCCCUCUGCUCUCUCCUCCCCAGGUCUGUCGCCUCCGUCGUACUCCUUCACUCCUGCGCCACCCGUCUUCCCUACAGAGGCCGCCGCUGGCCUCUACCCUCCCAUUGGUCAGGUGCUGCUGACCCCUCGCCCCCUGCCACCAGGACACGCCUACUACCCCAGCACAGCUCAGCUGUACAUGAACUACACAGCGUACUACCCCAGUCCGCCUGGCUCACCGACCACCUUAGGAUAUUUCCCCUCCCCCUCCUCCAUCUCCUCCCAAGGGGGGUUGGUGCGUAUGCCAGGUUUGCCUUACGGCAGCAAUGGAGUCAAAGAACUGAUUAACGCAGUGCAGGGAUACCAGUACGCCCCCGAGGAUGCUCUCUUGCACGCCCAUGGGCCCAUGCAUGCUCACGACCCGGCCAGGACAUUGCUUACGCAGCCCAAAGAAUGGAGUCCCUUGGAGUCAGUUUCCCUCCUGAACAGCAGUCUGAUUGGUCAGUCCAGCGGAGGUGACGCUCCUCUCAUGUCCCUCCCUGCUCUCAUGACCAAACCGGGAGGACAGUACCUGGACCUGGCCCUGCUGUAGGGUCACACAUAUACAGAGGUCAUGUGAAAGUGACUUGUAAUGUAUUGUUAGGUUAAAAAAAAAAAAGAAAAAGUCUUUUAGAUGUGUUAUUUAUAUCUUUAAGAACAGAAAUUAAUGUAUUUUAUACCAAAAUCAUUGUGGCAAUAGCCAAAAAAAUAGCAGUUUUGUCUUAUAUUGCACAUUGUGUAUUUUAAAGCUUUAUAGAGAUUUUUUUUUUAAAAACAUGUUACGAUAUUAUAAUCACUCUGAUAUAUUUGCUAGCCAAACUAGAGAAGAAUGACCGAGUAGCAACCAAGCUAAAUCUUUUCUUAAGCUUUUCUGUGAAGAGUGAACGUGUGUGUGCGAGUGUGAAAAAGAUGAGUGAGUAUUAUGGCUGUAUUGAUGUUUUAAUACUCAACCUGUUUAUGCAAUACAAUUUAUGUUUAUACACAUUUGAUACAGUACAUAGUGAUUGUAUUGGAAGCGUUAGUGCAUGAAGAAGUUAGUAGUGAAACUAUGAUGUUUACAUUAUGCCAAAUAUCAAUGCACUGCUAAUCAAUAAGACUAUUAACGAAUAUAAUAGCAGUAUCUUCGAAUGACUAUGUUACACUGUGAGUUUGUCAAAUAGUCCGAUCCUUGCAUCAGACUUCACUUACAAAAAACGAAACAAAAAAAGAAAUGUGACAUCUCACACAUCCCUUGUUUUGCACCCUAUACGGGUCAGUUUCCAUGUUGUGUAUUGCCAAUGUUGUCUUGCCUUUUGUGUUUGGAUUCCCACCUAAACAAAGGACAGCCCCAGCUCUAGUAACCUCACCACAGGGUUGCCCACUUCAGGAAUAUUUCUGUCACAAGCUCUCACCUCCCCGAGUCGAUAUCAGGAGCCACAGCUUGUUUCUGGCAGAUUUUAUUACAGAUUUUUUUGUACCAUAAAGAUUCAUCAGUCCCAUCACACUUCUUCGCUGAUGUUAGGGGAAUUAACAGUUUCGUCUAACAAAAUUCCUUUGCCAUUUCCCCUGUUAACUAAAUCUUUGGAGAGCGAGUGGAGAGGAAAUGAAGCACACCUCUGAUGUGUACCUUGUGAAUUUAUUUGCCAUUUAUGCCCUGAAAAGUUGUUGUAUGGGCUCCGUGUUGCUGUACUCGCAUCCCACAGUCGGAACUUAGACUCCUGCUCAGGAUGUCCCACUGCGGCCGUGCUGAAAAAAUAAAUAAACACAACAUGAAGUCU